CAGCUCCCAGUCGCCUGUGGACAGAAGUGAGUGUGUGAGAGAGAAGUGCUGCUUUAUAAGAGACUUUAUCACACCUGUCGCUGAGGAGAUAAAUAUUAUGUUCCAGACGGAGAAUAAAUCCGGAUCUGUGUGAGUGUGUGUUUCAAGCCGACUCCUCGGAGGUCCCUGAAAACAUGUCUGUCAGCGUCCAUGAAAACCGCAAAUCACGGACGAGUACAGGCUCCAUGAACAUCUCGCUGUUCCACAAGCCCUCGCACCCUGACAGCGUCCUGACGCAUCUCAACACCCUCCGCAAGCAGUGCAUGUUCACAGACGUCACCUUAUGGGCUGGAGACCGCUCUUUUCCGUGCCAUCGCGCGGUUCUGGCGGCUUGCAGUCGUUACUUCGAAGCGAUGUUCAGUGGAGGCCUCCGUGAAAGUCUGGACAGCGAAGUCAACUUCCGCGACAGCGUGCACCCAGAGGUUCUGGAGCUGCUUUUGGACUUUGCUUACUCAUCACGUGUCAUUAUUAACGAAGAGAACGCCGAGUCGCUUCUCGAGGCUGGAGACAUGCUGCAGUUCCACGAUAUCCGCGACGCCGCAGCAGAGUUCCUGGAAAAGAACCUGCACUCGUCUAAUUGCCUGGGUAUGAUGCUUUUGUCUGAUGCUCAUCAGUGCAAGAGGCUGUAUGAACUCUCGUGGAGGAUGUGCCUGGUUCACUUCGAAGCCGUUCGGGACACUGAAGACUUUUAUGGUUUGUCUAAGGACAAGCUUAUAGACCUUAUACUAAGCGACGAACUGGAGAUCGAAGACGAGCAGAUUGUGUUCAACGCGGUCAUGCGCUGGGUCAGGUAUGAUCUAGACAGUCGGAGGGACUACCUCCCUGAGCUCCUCCGGGGUAUCCGUCUUGCACUUUUGCCUUCCGAGUGCCUCAUCGAGGCUGUGGCUUGCGAGGAACUGGUCAUGUCGGACAAGCGGAGUCGACUGAUUGUCGAAGAGGCUGUCCAGUGCAAGAAAAAGAUCCUGCAGAAUGACGGCGUCGUCACCAGUCCGUGUGCAAGGCCACGCAAAGCUGGCCACACCCUGCUCAUUCUUGGAGGCCAGACCUUCAUGUGCGAUAAAAUCUACCAAGUGGACCAUAAAGCAAAAGAAAUCAUACCCAAAUCAGACUUGCCCAGUCCGAGAAAGGAAUUUAGCGCCUGCGCCAUUGGGUGCAAGGUCUACGUGACCGGAGGACGAGGCUCGGAAAACGGCGUGUCCAAAGACGUUUGGAUAUACGACACGGUCCAUGAGGAAUGGUCCAAGGGUGCGCCCAUGUUAAUCGCACGCUUCGGUCAUGGAUCAGCAGAACUGGAAAACAGCCUGUACGUCGUCGGAGGUCACACUGCUAUAGCCGGCGUCUUUCCCGCUUCCCCUUCGGUGUCCCUAAAACAAGUGGAACGUUACGAUCCCCUGACCAACAAAUGGACCAUGAUGGCACCGCUCAGAGAUGGAGUCAGUAACGCGGCAGUGGUUAGCGCAAAGCUCAAGCUGUUCGUUUUCGGCGGGACUACCAUCCACAGGGACAAAGCCUCUAAAGUGCAGUGCUACGAUCCCCUGGAGAACCGAUGGACCAUAGCGGCGGAGUGUCCACAACCCUGGAGGUACACCGCAGCCGCCGUGCUGGGAAGCCAGAUCUUCAUCAUGGGGGGUGAUACAGAGUUUACCGCUGCUUCCGCUUACCGAUUCGACUGUGAAACCAAUCAGUGGACGCGUGUAGGAGACAUGACCUCUAAAAGGAUGAGCUGCCACGCCGUUGCCUCGGGGAACAAACUGUAUGUCGUCGGGGGGUAUUUCGGGGCACAGCGGUGCAAGACACUGGACUGCUACGAUCCGACAUCGGACAGCUGGAACAGUAUCACUACAGUGCCUUACUCGCUGAUUCCUACCGCUUUUGUUAGCACCUGGAAACAUCUGCCUGCUUAGCGGUCACGGAGCGAAGAGGACGAACUUGAAGCGGGUGUCCACGUUCCUGGAUGAUGUGAAGCCCAAGUGUGUGUGUGUGUGUGUGUGUGUGUGUGUGUGUGUGUGUCCAAAAGCUCAUAUCUGCACUUCUAAUCAUAAUCAAACCGAUGAUCGUCUGAGAUCAGACAGUAGCACAGAGUGGACCCGGUCAGUUUCCAGACCGUCAGCUCGGACACGCCCUGACCUCGCGCACGGAGACGUGUUGGGAAACGCAGAUGGAGGUUUCUUUUUCAGAGAGACUGGGGGAAUCCCUUGCGUUUGACUUGAAAAUGCACAUUUCUACCCGUUUGUGACACGAACUGUACAACUUCUGUUAAACUGUGAAGUAAAACUGAACACUAUGAAACUCAGCAGCACAACGUCCUCAAGGACUAAAGAGACGUCAAGUUAAAGAACCGCGUCAAGGACACGUCACGUCCGAUUGGGGGGCGAUGAUUGACUUUGCACAGACUAUAUAAAUGAUGAGGGUUUAACCUUUAACGCAGACUUUAUUCCUCUGAAGACGUGUGAAGAUGGAGGCAGGAAGGCGUGCGCGGAUAAUCGGCCGUACGAUACAUCGCUGUAUUGAACGUCCUGUUGUCUUUCUUUUUUUGUCGUCUUUAGAGCAGUCUCACACGCUUAAGCUCAGUCCUCCGAAAGGAACAGUUUUAUAUCUGAAGCUCCGCCCCUUUUCUUGCACUCAUUCACUCACUCAGCAACACUACACCUUAUAACCGCUGUAAAUAUUUUCCGACACAGCUUGUGAAAUAAACGUUAAAUUUCUGUAAAUAAUAUUUGAGAAUAAACGGCGAGUUGUAAAUCCUCGUGACCCUGAAAGAGACGCUGCACACGUUUGAAAAAAAGAAUUAUCUUGCAUGUUUGUUUUUGUGAUUAAUAAUCUUCAGAAAUUGGCGAUCCAGACAACAGGACACGCGCAUGAUGAACAUGUGGUGUCGAUGACAGAACGCGAACACUACAGCAUGUGAACGCUACCACGUCUAGCGUGACGUAUCUGAUGAACGAUUAUCCGCGCACGCUCUCUGGAUGAUGUAUGAAGUACUGAAGAUGUGGUUACAUGUUACACCUGAUUGUUUUUUUUUUCUUAAAUGUCUUAAGAUUUUUAUAGGAUGCGAAUUUUAGACUGAGGAAAGUUUAUUGUAAAGUUUAAUAAGCGACUUUUCCACUGAAUGGCACAUUCCUGCGCCGCUGAUGAUGAGACUGAACUCUCGGUUUGUUUUGCUGUUAAUCUGCUCCGCUUGAAAGUUUAAAGAUUUAAAAUAAAUGACUUCCUGAUG